AAACAGCACGGCCGGGACGUGGACACGAAUCAGCUGUCGGUGAACAGCCUCGACAAAGUGUUUUUCACCGUAACCCCAUCAAGCAGCAUGGAGACGUUGAACAUGCCAGAAGAUGAUUGCAAGGAUAUUACAAUCUCAGUGCCGAUCACUUCAACUGGUGGCGAUGAGCCUGCCUCUUCCAAACCCAGGCAGAGAAAGAUGAGCGUGAUAUCGAUGGACUGGGUCAAAGAAAAAUGGCGUCUGGCGCAAGAAGAGAAAGAAAAGAAGAAAGCCAAGAAGGAAAUGACAUUCAAGGAAAUGACUCCUCAAGAAAUUGCCAUUUUCAUCGACGAAAAAAGCCGAAUCUUCUUCCCCAUCUGCUUCAUUAUCUUCUGCAUUCUCUACUGGACCCUUAUCAUCAUUCUCUGAAAUAAUCCAUUGCGCACAAUUAUUCCCUCUCAUACAAAUAAUAUGAGCUGCAAAUGAUAUAAAAUAAGGAGGAAAGUGUCUCGGCUGCCCCGGUAUACUCUGUAUUUCUGACGGUUUCUGGCAACUCGGUUGCUAUACAUCUUGCCUAUUCUCUUCGAUGUCUUUGUUCAGUUCAGGAAAAUUUUAUAAAUUAAGUAAGACGAUGCCCUCACUCUGUCUCAGUCCUUAGUUCAAUUUGUUAAUGUCAAGUAGAGAUGCUCGUGAAAGCAUGAAGUCAUGAGAGAGAUUCCCCGAACACGACAGCAAGAUGGCGCGAUUUCAAGAGGAAGAUCGUUAGCGAUCAUAUCUGCUGCUUCCCUCGUUGCCUGCUUCAGGAUGGUAAGAAGAAUUACGAC